UCACUACGAACGCAGUCUCUCGGCUCGACGUUGGAUUAUAAGCGCACUGCCCAGUGGCUUCGCGAUAUACUCAAGUACCCAGAGACAUAUACCACCAGAUAUACAGAGCUACCCUCAAAGAGCAAGGCCAGAAGAUCACUCUCGGCAGAGCACCGGCGGCAUUCAGAUGCGGCAUCAUUAAGCCUGCUCCCAUCCCGCCGUGUGACGGGUCAGUCAUCUCAUUCUGGGAGGUCCGAGCCAAAGAUUGAUCCAUUCAUAUUUCAACAAGCGGUGAAUGAUCUCGAAAAGCUGAUGAAUGAGGCCAUUGCACUGGCUUCCGAGGGAGUGCAACUGCCUGACACUCCUUCAUGCCCCAGGGUUUAUCAACCGUGCAUCAAUCUGCAUACUCGCCGCGACAGUGUACCUGGUGGCCAGGAUGGGGCUUCUCAGGAUGACACUUCUGGCUACACUCACGAGAGCCCUGGCAAGACCCAUGAUGCUGACCUCGACCAUGAGGCCCAGCAGAAAAGGCCUCUGUACCAGCAUGCAGCCACUUAUACCGGUGCUCCCGAACGCCCACGGCUGAACGAGGUUCUCCAAAACUACUCUGGAGUAUAUGAUGAUAUGACUACAAGGGGAUAUCGCAUGCAGACGGGAACACCACCCCCGACUGCAGCUGAAGCAACUCUCCUUAUCCCAGGUAGACGAUCAAGCAUCAACGAGGAGGGCCAGUUUGGGCCGGGUUUUCAAAAGCCCCCGGUCCAAACGCACAAGUUGAACCGCAAGAGGCAAUAUGACGACCUUGCAAGGGGGAAGAGGGACGCCGUCGCCUUGCAAGCCAAGACUCGACAAAGCAAGCCGCCGCCAAGGAGCUCACACGCAAGGCAUGCUUCACAUGAGUCCGGUGAAGAUGAUACUCCCCGCGAAGCUGCCGGCCGUCGAAGGCAUGCUGAUCGUGGGAUCAGCCUUCAGAAACGCUCCCACGUCAGUCUACGGGGUGUGCAAGGGUUCAGCUUGGCUAGCUCACGCAAACGACAACCAACUGCCAGAGAUUGGUCACCAGUCCGCAAGAGAUUUGUCGCUACCGUAGCUUGCAUCAGUACUGCCCUGAUUGGUAUCAUAUUGGGCAUCUACGCAGGUUUGGUCCCCUCGAUUCAGUACUACAUCAUCGACCAGUCUCACGCCACCGUUCACGGAAACACGGGCUGUUUCUUGGGCCUGGCCAUGCCAACCUUCUUCCUGUGGCCGCUCCCUUUGCUUCACGGGCGGAAGCCAUACAUCAUGACGAGUCUUGUGCUUGCCAUGCCCCUCCUGUUUCCGCAAGCUCUCGCAGUCAACACUCAGAGACUUGCCAACACGGGGACAUGGAGAGCCAUGCUUCUGGCAUCCCGAACGCUCAUGGGGGGCUCCCUCGGGUUUGCCAGCAUGAAUUUCCACUCGAUCCUGAUGGAUCUGUUUGGAGCUUCGCUCAUGAGUGCAAACCCCCACCAAGAGGUAGUGGACCAUUACGAUGCAAGGAGGCAUGGCGGCGGCAUGGGAGUCUGGUUAGGGAUCUGGACAUGGUGCUGGGUUGGGUCUCUGGGCAUCGGAUUCCUCGUCGGUGCCUGUGUCAUUGAUAGAUAUCCUCCAGCAUGGGGAUUCUACAUCAGCAUCAUGAUGAUUGCCGUUGUGCUCAUCCUUAACGUCCUCUGCCCCGAGGUUCGCCGAUCGGCCUACAGAAGAUCGGUGGCGGAAGUGAGAUCGAACGGCGACAUCUCACGGCGUGUAGCUCGGGGCGAGAUCAUGAUGCACAGGGUCAAGACGGGUCCGAAGUGGUGGGGACAAGAGGUAUAUCACGGCAUUCUCCUCACUCUGGAGAUGCUUCGCCAGCCCGGCUUCCUGAUCCUCGCCCUCUACUCCGCCUGGAUCUACGCACAAGUGGUAUUGACCAUUGUCUUGCUGGGGUCGUUAACGUCCAAGUUUUACAAACUGCGAUCUCCCAACGUUGGCCUGCUUGUUGGCAGCGUUGCUCUUGGAGCAAUACUGGCUAUUCCCUUUCAAAAGGCCAGCUUCUUCUCAAGGUCUCGCCAAGCGCAGCUCAACACCAACAAGGCAACAAUGGAGAGAAAGGUUGCAUGGUCGUCCCACCUUGUCCGGCGCACCAUCUUUACCAUUCUGCUACCAAUAGCAGGAAUAUGCUACGCGGCGGUGUCGUCUGGGCCCCCAAUGCACGUUGGCGUGCCCGCCAUUUUUGCCUUUUGCAUAGGACUCCUAUCGUGCCUUGCUAUUGCAGAAUGCAACGGUCUGGUGAUGGAGUGUUUUGACACUUCUGAUCUCUCACCCGGGAUGACUGGGCGCCAACGUAGCAAAUCGGGAAAGUCUGAACAGCGAACAAACUACUCUUCGUUCCCAAGAGUCACUGCGGGCUUCGCGGCUAUCCAUACUCUGGCAUUCAUCUUUGCAGCCGGCGCCAGCGCCCUCGGUGGUUUGGUCACGAGGACACUGGGCCAGCAAGUAGCUACCGGAGUCGUGGCAGGCAUCCUGUUCGUCCUAAGCAUCAUGCUGCUGUUAAUUUUGGCUCGGUUUACAAACGUGCAAAUCAUACCGAAUUCCAAGAUGGAGGAAAUGGACCGGCUAAUGGAGGCCCGUCGCAGAUCGACCAUUCGGCGCGCCUCUAUGCCUAACAACCAGAAAGCGGUGGUGGAGGAGGAAAAGGCAUGGCGACCUGCCAUGCUCGGGAACCCCGUCGGCAAACAGCGAAGAAUGAACGUCUUUGAGUUAGGGAGCAAGUCACGGUGGCAAGAGAUCCGCAAGAAGAACAAGUUGGUCGAUGAGAAUGCCCAUCUGAACCAAGCGGCGUGGAACCAGGGGCUCGAGGCACUGGACGACAAGCUCAGUGAUAUCCAGAGUGAUGUGGAGGACUUUUUCGGACUGGGGAGUGUGAAGAAGCGAAACUCGAGGCGCAUGCGACCUUCGGACGAAACCAGCGACUCGGCCAUGGACAUUGAGAUGACAAAUAUGGGAAACCAGGCGUCGAGGCCGUCGCAGAAGCGUUUCGUGGAGAGGGAGUGCGUCAUGAGCCAAACGGUGACAGAAGAGAAUGAGGGCGUGGAUGACCAUCGACGGCAGCGUUGA